UUAAUUUUGUUUCCCGAACAGUUCCACGUUGUGCGUAUUUAAGUUUAACGCUUGAUUCGGAGACAAUCUCAUAAACGCAUUUUUUUACGUGAUGACUUUAUUUAAGUUUGAAUCCGGACUGUUUUCAAGGCUAUGUAUGUUUGUUCUUUGUAUGUAGCACGGCAUAUAUCUUAAGCACGCUCUGUUUUCGUUAUACUUUGUUUAAUUUAAGAAGUCUGACAACUACCAAUGCGGCUGUUAAAUGAGGCGCUGCUGCAGUGAAGCACGUGUUGGUGUGAGUUUAUGAAACGUAGUGAUAGUCUAGGAAAAUAGUUUGCUUUUAAACAUUGAUUCAAGCGCAGAAAGAAGCAUGGUUUGUUGUCCAAGGAGUGCCUGUUUUUUGUGUUUUUUUUUUUUUUUUUUUUGUAUUUUGAAUCAACCUGGAAACGUCACACCAUACAACCUCCUCCAGUUUUUUGUACCAUUCACAGAGCGAUCAAUGGCGACCCCAGGAGUGUGUGGGAUUGAUGUACUGGUAAGCAGCUCCUGUAUAGGUCUAGGUUCUCCCUGCCAUGAUGGAGCAGGAAGCCUCCUUCAGCAUGAUUGCUGCACUAAGGAAUCCAGAGGAGAAACGCCCGGAAGAGAGGAUUCCCGUAAUGAGCCUCCAGAUGGGCAGCACGACCCAGAGGCUGACAAGAGCAAGGAAAAAAAAGGGCUAGGUAAAGAAGUAUUAUUAUUGAUGGAGGCACUAAACACACUGGCAUCUCCUGAAGAGAAGCUUGCAGCCUUGUGCAAGAAAUAUGCAGAUCUUCUAGAGGCAAGUCGGACUGUUCAAAAGCAGAUGAAGCUGCUCCAGAAGAAUCAGGCUCAGAUUGUGAAAGAGAAGAUUCACCUGCAGAGUGAACACAGCAAGUCCAUCCUGGCUCGCAGCAAGCUGGAGAGCCUGUGCAGAGAGCUACAGCGACACAACAAGACCCUGAAGGAGGAAAAUAUGCAGCGGGCGCGUGAGGAUGAGGAAAGGCGCAAAGAGGCAACAGCACACUUCCAGAUGACACUGAAUGAAAUUCAAGCACAGAUGGAGCAGCAUAACAUCCACAACACUAAACUCCGUCAGGAGAACGUUGAACUGGCAGAGAAGCUGAAGAAACUCAUUGAACAAUAUGAUCUGCGGGAGGCGCACAUCGACAAGGUGUUCAAGCACAAGGAGCUCCAGCAGCAGUUGGUCGAUGCAAAGCUUCAAAGAACAACUGAACUCAUGAUGGAGGCGGAGCACAAACAUCAGCAGGAGAGAGACUUUCUUUUAAAAGAAGCAACUGAAUCAAGGCACAUGUGUGAGUUGAUGAAGGAGCAGGAGUCCCAACUCAAACAGCAGCUUUCUCUGUAUAUGGAUAAGUUUGAGGAGUUUCAGACCACUCUUGCAAAGAGCAAUGAGGUGUUCACUACCUUCAGGCAAGAAAUGGAAAAGAUGACAAAGAAAAUCAAGAAGCUGGAAAAGGAGACUACUGUUUGGCGUACCAAAUGGGAAAACAAUAAUACAGCUCUCCUGCAGAUGGCAGAAGAGAAAACUGUACGGGAUAAGCAUUACAAAGCCCUUCAACUAAAGCUGGAGCGCCUGGAGAAGCUGUGCAGGGCUAUGCAGAUGGAGAGGAAUGAUCUGAACAAAAAGAUGGAAGUCCUUCAGGGGCAGCUGUCUGAGGGGACUGUACCAACAGAGGCUGCCAUGGAGGCGCCCUGCAGCACAGAACAGCCGGGCGAGGAGGAGACUGUGGACUCAGCCAGUGAGGACAUGGGCACCCAACCAGACACAGGUGUUGCUGACCAGCCAGGGUGCCUUGAUGCCGAAGGCUCAGCCACUUCAGUUAAUGUGAACUGAGAAAAGGCCUAAAUGUAUUUUGUGAAGGUAUAUAUUUUUGUGUAAUAAUAAUAAUAAUAACAAUAAUUAAUUUGCUCUGUACUUGGUAAUUAUUGGCUUUAUGGUGAGGAUUUCUUAUUUCAUUUUUCUACCACAUCUGUAUUUUCUUAGAAAAUAUUGAAUUUCAUGUGGUUCAAAGUAGCUGUAACUUGCAACGUUCGUAAGUCAACUUUUGCGCACAUCUGCCUCAUUUGUAUUGCCUUGAUUUAAUUCCCUCGUCUGCAAUACCACAGUCUGAUAUUUGUGGACAUCAGCAUUUCAGAGGAAACCUAAUUUUAAAGGGAAUUUACACAGGGCUAUAUUUCUUUUGGUUUGUAAGACAAGUGAAUUAUCUUAAGAGUUUACAUUUGGGUCAUUCAAGUUUUCAGUUGAGAAACCAGUGUAAAUAUGGUUUGGAAUGUUUUAUGUUGCAUUCUCCAAAGCCAAGUAGUAGUAUAAUUCUUAAGCUAGACCCCUUGCAAGGUGCAGUCUUUCUUGAAGAAAUCAAUGCAACGUUCUGGUUAAAGUUUACAUAUAGCAAGGUAACAGAAAAGGGGUUUAAGACAUUUCAGACUUUUACUAUGAGCCGUGGUGCUACAUGCAGCAGUCUACUUACAUUUUCUAUAAAAUAUUUAAGCAAAAUUGGAAAGAAAAUAUCAUAUUUCUGUGAAUCAAAUGUUACCUCUGCUUCACAGCUGUCAUUCCCAUUCUUUAUUCCACAAGCCUGCCUUUUAGUAUAGUGAAUGUUAAUAUGUUUUUUAAUUAUUUUUUUAUUAAUGCAAACUGCUUUCUAAAAUUCCUUGGUGGCAUGUCAUUGCUGUCCAUUUUGCCAUGAUCACAUGGUGCCACCUCAUGGAAUGAAACCCUACCAAUGAUUCCAGUCAACUGCAGUAGACUUUUACCAACAUACAGAACAUUGUACAAGCAAUAUCAAUGUGCACAUUUUCCAUGCAGUAGAAUUGUGUACAGAAAGCCUUUCUGUACACUUUCUGUAAGCCUUUUCAUUGUAAAUCCUUGAGUUGCAUAAACUGUUGUUCUUAGAGAGUCUUUUGUUGCCUGAUUGAACAGAAAAGUAUUAGCAUUGUAAAAGUGUACCUUCCUUUUCCAUUUUGAUAAUUACACCACGUGGUUGGAGGAAACUAAUGCCCAAUGGUAGACAUGCACCAAACCAAACACUGUAUACCUUCCCAGGAUUUUAGUACUGGUAUGAUGAAUGUAAAUAUGUUUUUUACAAAUAGGUCUGUUGCUUUAAUUACUCCAGGGCUGACUGUACCUUCGUCCACUUGUUCGUGGUGGAAAUACAGGGUUUACUGCCAUCCACAUUCCUCAGGGUUGGUACAAGUUAAUCUCUUAGACUGGACAAUUGGAAUCCAGGGUUUAAACUCUGAAGGUGGUGUAUGUACUUAUUUUUAAUUCUACUUUACUUGCAAAUAGAAUUGGCUUCAUCUAGACAACACUAUAUUGGAUUUAACUUUGGGACCAGAGAGAGAAAGGAAAAUCUAUAUAUUUUUGUGCAAAUUAUAAAUACCUUUAUUUAAACCACCAUGCUUCUGAGCAGUAGCUUACUCUAUGCUACUUAGAUUUAUUUUUUUGCACUUUUGAGAUAACAUUUCUAAACCACAUGCUUAAAAUCAGUAGCGUUUUUGUUAACUUUCUAUUUCCUCAUUCCUUGUAACAGUACUUGAAUGUUGGUGUAUUUACACUGCCAAAAACUGAGUGCAAUAUGUACUGAAAAAUCAAGCUUGUAAUAAAAACUGUUCCCAAAAGUAGGGAACGCAUGGCUGGUAAACUCUCAUGUCAUUAGUACUUCUGGAUGUGAAAAGUUUGGUAAUCUACAGAACUUUGGUUUAAUUCUCUUACUACAUCCAUCCCAGACACACAAAAUACCGUCUUUUCUUCAUUGGGUGUCAAUGCUGGUAUGCAGGCAGUAUUGCCAAUGGGUUACUAGUUGCUAACACAAUGUCCAGAAUGGAAUUGAUUUAUCAGAUGAAUUAUUUAGGUUUUCCAAACUUUGACCAUAUCAGACCCACUGAGCCAGACUGACGCAUUUAUAUGGAGUCUGGUCCAAAAGUGGGUGGGAGGGAGGUCCUAUAGCAUUUUGGUAAUGCAGAUUUUGUGAGCCAAAUUCAUUGAGUUUUCUAAACAAUGUGAAUGUGUACGAUUCAAAGUAGAAGGCAGUGAGGACUGCGUGAUUUGUACUAAGGGUAUUGAUUGUGUCAUUGUUAAUUUGACAUACCUUAUGCUUUUGGUGUAGUCCUCAAAUAAAAAAAUAAAAAAAAUGUUUUCUGACUACCUGUUUCAGACCAAUACCAGGAUUUAUGCCAUGUUUGGGAUUUUUUUAUUAAUUUUAUGUACUUUUUUCUUCUUUUUAUGAAACCCAGAUGGUUGUACUUGUUCAAAGAACUGUUUUAAAAGCUACUAUAUUUGUUUGGGUUGCUGUCAUUAUUGAUGUAAUGUGUUGACUUUUUCUGUUUUCCACUAGUAUGUAGUUAUGCUAGUUUGAUUCUCAGGUUAUGCAAAAAAACAACAAAAAAAUCUACCUCUUCAAGGUUUAUACAUGAGGCUGUGAAACAAAAUGAGGUAGAAAUCUAGUUUGUCUUUUUUUAAAGCUUGU